AUGGGCGAAACCGAAGUUCAGCGUUGGCAGACUCGCCAGGACGGUCUCGAUAAGCUCUUCCGUUCAACGGGGCCCUUCCCCAAGCCUGGAAGCGGUGAAGUGCUUGUCAAGAUCAAUGCUGUCUCGCUCAACUACCGUGACACCGAGGUGGUCAUGGGCCUUUACAGCCAUCACAAGACUAUCAACCCCGAAGGCCAUGACCCUCUAGUCCCUGCUUCCGACAUGUGCGGCUCCAUCGCGGCUGUUGGCGAUGAAGUCAGCGACUGGAAGGUCGGCGACCGCGUCGUUUCUACCUUUAACCAGUCACACCUUACGGGCCAGAUCAAGGCCAAGGAUAUGACUUCCGGUCUCGGAUUCCCUUUGGAGGGAGUGCUGCAGACGUACCGUGUGUUCCCUACGACGGGACUCGUUAAGGCGCCGAAGCACCUAAGCGAUGAGGAGGCCGCUUGCUUGCCUAUUGCUGCGGUGACGGCUUGGAUGGCCAUUAACCAAUUCCGUCCAUUGGGUCAGCCCGGUGGAAAGGGUGAAGUCGUUGUCUGCCAGGGCACAGGUGGCGUCGCGAUCUCAGGGUUGCAGAUUGCCAAGGCAGCGGGCGCAACGGUCAUCAUCACAUCGUCUUCCGACAGCAAACUUGAGAAAGCCAAGGCGCUUGGUGCUGACCACACAAUUAACUACCGCACGACGCCGAACUGGGACGAGCCGGUGAACAAAGUUACAUCUGGUGAGGGUGCUGACAUCAUCCUCGAGACGGGCGGCGCAAAGACGCUGCGUCGCUCAUUUGAAGCCAUCGGCUUCGGCGGCACAAUUGCAUGCAUUGGAUACCUCUCGGGCAAGGUGGAUGAUGAAGAGGACCGGACCAAUGUCAACCUACUGGCGCUGCGAAAGACCGUCACGCUCAAGGGUCUUAUCAAUGGACCCCGGGACCGCUUCCAGGAGAUGGUGAGCUUCUACGAGGAGAAGGGUAUCAAGCCUGUUGUCGACCGCGUGUUCGACUUCAAGGAGGCGGAUGAGGCAUUGCGGUAUCUGUACAGCGGUGGCCAUUUCGGCAAGGUUGUUGUGAAGGUUCAGGAAUAG